GAGUGUGCAUGCGUGUGUGUGAAAGAGAGAGAGAGAAAGAGAGAGAGAGAGAAGGCAGAACAGAGAGAGGGGAGAAGCAGUCUGCAGAUAGAGAGGACAGCCGCAGCUGAAAUGGACCUGCAGUCGGAGAGCGACCCACAACCGUCUGGCAAAAUCAACAAGGCUGCCUUCAAGCUGUUUGGGAAACGCAAGCCGGGCAGCCCGGUGUCCAGCAUCUUCUCCAUCAGGGGCAAAGGGGAGGGAGGCAAGGGGGCGGCGAAAGCCCCGCUCGUCAGGAGCAACACUCACGAUGGAAUAAUGGAGACGCCGGCGGAGCUGGAGGGAAGAAAGAAGGAGGAGUCGACGGGCGGCGGCCAGCCCUGCUCGGCCAACGAGGCCGUCCCGGCGGUGUCCCCGCGCACGUCCUUCUCCUCCGUCACCUCGCUGAAGUCCCUCGGCUUCCUCGCGCUCCUGCGGCCGCGCGGCAGGGCGGGCGAGGGUGAGCCCCGGCCGGCGGCCCGCAGGCGACGGGGGCUGAAGGGGCUGUUCGGCAGCGUGCGCUGGCACCGCAAGGACCCGGGCGCGCGGGAGGAGCGGGAGGAGGAGCCCCCGCCGCCGCCGGCCUUGCUCCUCGCCUCCCGCUCCAACAGCGUGGAGAUCGUCAAGGAGCACAUGACCCUGACGCCCAGGCCCCCGCCGCGGGCCGCGGACGCCCAGCCGCCCCCCACGCCCGAACCGGACGAGGACGUGGCCAUGCCGGUCCCUAUGGACGACGGGAGCCCCCUGAUGGAGAUGGCGGGAGACCAGUGGAACAAGAUAUUCUUCCCGUACUCUGCCCUCGGGCCGAAGGGUAGGCCGGCCCCGACGACGACCUGCUCCACGGAGGCGGGGGACGAGGUGAACGGCACCAGCAGCAGGACAGAAGACAGCCGGGGGGAGAAGGAGGGGACUGGGAGACGGGGGACAGGCAGGGCACCGGAUGGGGACGGGGUGCAAGGAAAGGUGGCUGAAGAGAAGGCCUGCCCCGCGCUCGCCUCUAUCCCUAAGGUCUCAGAUGCCGCCCAUCCUCCAGGCCUUAAGCCUACAGCAACCUCCACAAAGGCUACGGUCAGCAUGGACACAGACGAGGAUACUACUGGUCAAGACGAGGUUUCCCGUGAGGAUACAACCUGCAGAAACAGAGAGGAGGAGGAGGAGUUUUCCAGGCGAGAAAAUGUUCUGGGCAGGGCCGCGACCUGCGCGGAAAGCGGAAAGGAGCUCGUCAAACAAGAUGGAGUCGCGGGCGGGGCCUCCGGACCCACGAUUAGAGGAAGGAAGCCUUCCAGCCACGACGAGGAGGACGUCAAAGCCCAAAUUCAGGGUCUCCAGCGCGUGGCGCUUCAAAGAGAGGAGGGUCUUCCAGCCUCGCCUCCCUCCCUGCAGUCCGGUGCCCGUUGGACAGAGAGGAGGCCUCCCCCAGUGAAGGCCCUGGGCCUCAGCAAGAUCCCCGUGAGCGGAUGUGCCAGAGCGGGGAAGCAGCCACGUGAGGACGGGCAAAGCAAAGACACGCAGGACAUUCCACCCAACUAUGACGAGGGCUACUGGGACUCACCCACGCCCGGGCUGGAGGAGGAAGGGGCGAGCUUCCUGGCCCAGGAGGAAGAGGAGAGCCCAGACACUGUGGCUACUGGCGACAACACAACAACCCCGGUCUCCACACACGACCCCAAACUCACCCCAUCCAGCCUGGGAUCCGGACGCCCCCUGAAGGGAAACUCAAGCUUGCCCCGUGACUCCAAGAUCCCCGUCAAGCAACCCGUCUCUCACACCGUCAGUCACGGGACGGCGACGUCAGCUACCACCCCCACCUCCCACACACACGGGACAAAGGCUGAGGCCACACGCACCAAGAUCCCCGUGUCCAAGGUACCGGUCCGUAGGACCAGUGCCCGCUCAGCCCCCCUCCAUGACCUUCCCAGGAAAUAGAGCCUGUGACCAGUCUGGACUUUUCCUUCAACGCAUCGGAAUAAAAACAAAAGAUUAUUCCGAGGUUCAGUUUGAUUCGAUGCAACAGACAUCUUUAAGCUUCAUUUGAUUCAGCUUUCUUGCAAGACUAACAAGAACUGUUUGCACCUAUUUUUUGUAGUGACUUGUCUAUGUAUGAUAUGUUAUGUGAAAUAUACUCAUGACAUACAUAAUAUGCCGGUCAGGAAAAUCUAUUUUACCUUCUGACUCUUUUUAUCUGGAACGGUCUUUUAUCCUGCCUUCUCCCAAGACAUUUUCAACCUGGUCAAGAACUAAAAAAAAACAAAAGCAACAAGAUCACUUUGAAGUGCAGCACUACUCCAUUCUGCUGGAAAAUGCCAAGACAGGAGGCUGCCUGGGGAGGACGUGGGAACGUGCAGGCUGACCUCUUGGAGAGAGCAGGGGGAUGGGAUCUGCUUACCAAAUGGAACACAAACUCGCAAACAGCAGGCCCGACAUCCCUAAGAGUGUGAAAAUGGCUUUUUUUUAAUACAACAAAUCAUUUUAAACCUUUGUUACUCCCUCUUUUUUUUGUAGACCACUGUCACAUUCUUCCCCCAAUGCUACAAGUUUUGCCUGAUUUUCCGGUUCACAGUUGAUCCUGGAGACCCCCCUGGGACCACAUUCCACCUUCCUUCACACUCGGGAGGUUGGAGUAUAUCUCUAAAUCUAUGUUGCAGUGGGAAUUCCUACUUAACCAUUCACAAGCCCGCCAGCGUGAUUUGUUCUGUGGGUGCUGUUGACACCUAUCAGCUCCUGCAGCAAAGGGGGUUCAUGGUAAGACUGUCAUUAUGACAUGAUCACUUUCAAUCGUAGGACUGAAGUUAUAGAGUGCAUUCAUUUUGUCAAUCCGAUUUGUUUUUCUGUAAAUAUAAAUGUUGUUUUGUUGCCUAUGUAAUCAAUAAAAUUACAUAUGUACACUUA